GUCUUUGUCGAACAUGCUUGGACGGCUCUUCGUUAUCGCGUUCAUCAUCAUCGAGCUCAAUGUCGUUAUCAAUACGGCGGAGCCAAGGUAUCGGCGAUAUCCGAGAUCAUUGGUCGAUGAUAAUAGAGUGACAAUUAAUUGUGGUAGUCAUGCAGAGUCACCAGAGUGUCGUUCGGAAAAAAAUACAUCGUUAAUCGGAGAACACGACGUGCAGAAAAUUCAGGAGGAAGAGAAAUCGUGGAACUUUGCGGAUUUGUUUGAUGAUGCUAUCGGUGAUGAAGCUCGUGGUAAGAAGGGGAAGAAGAAGGGAAUGGGAAAAUACAUUAUCGUCAUGGCUGGAGCGGCUAAGGCCACGCUGAUGUAUGUGAUGAUACACGCGGUUGCCCUGCUUGCUGGAAAAGCACUGAUUGUUGCCAAGGUUGCCCUAGCCUUGGCUGCUGCUAUUGCAUUGAAAAAGGCACUAGAACACAACGAUAAGACGUCAGUGGAGAUAAUCAAACAUCCUCAGCACAGUUAUCACCAAACCCACAGCUCUAGUGUGGAUUAUGAUCAUGGGGGAGGAUACGAAGGACAUCGACGAAGAAGAUUUGCACGAUGAUAAUCACUUCAUAAAUACCCCGAGCACUGUACUGUACAAUUUUCAUAUCUCCAUGUUAAUUUGCUAUUAUAAUUUAUUACUAUACAAAUAAAAAUG